AUGCCGGCAUUAGGUGUCUCAACAGCACGGCGUGACUGCGUGUACGCCGUUCCUCCUCUCGGUGGACCCAAGCCCCUUGAACCCGUUUUGCCCCCUGUUGGAUUGGGGCCCGCCAUGUCUGACGAUCUUGGGCUGGACGUUCCCACGGCCGUGGCCGGGGUCCAAGCCCGGAACGAGCCCAACUGGGAGUCUCUGGACGCCCGGCCGCUGCCGUCCUCGUACGACGAGGCCAAGAUCGGCGUGUUCUCCCACUGGGGCGUCUACUCAGUGCCUAGCUACGGCUCCGAGUGGUUCUGGUGGAACUGGCAGGCGCUCUGCUAUCCCGGCUACGUCAAGUUCAUGCAGAAGACCAGGCCGUCAGGGUUCACGUACCAGGACUUCGCUGCUGAGUUUAAGGUCGAACUCUUCGACACCGAACAGUUCACGGACAUACUGCAGGCUUCAGGGGCCAAUUACUUCGUUCUAACCAGUAAUCAUCACGAAGGUUUCACUGAUUGGCCCUCCAAGUAUUCCUGGAACUGGAACUCCAUGGAUGUCGGUCCCAAGAGAGAUCUAGUCGGUGAAGUGGCAGCAGCGGUGCGCUCAAAGACAAAUCUCCGCUUUGGACUUUACCACUCCCAAUUUGAGUGGUUCAAUCCACUGUAUAUUCAGGACUUAAAGCACUUGUUCACAACAAACGACUAUGUUACGAAAGUCUACAUGCCGGAAUUGAUGGAGCUGGUCGAGACGUACCGCCCGGAGCUGGUCUGGUCAGACGGGUCGGGAGAGGGUGUCUACCAGUACUGGAAGAGCACAGAGUUCCUGGCCUGGCUUUACAACGAUAGCCCGGUCAAGGACAGUGUGGUGGUCAAUGUCAGGUGGGGUAUCUUGUGCGAGUGCAAUCACGGGGGCUACUAUACCUGUCAAGAUCGUUACAACCCCGGUGUUCUGCAGAAGCACAAGUUUGAGAAUGCCAUGACCCUCGAUUUGUCCUCUUUGGGCUACCGUAGAGAUGCGACUCUCAAAGAUAUAAUGGACAUCGACGUGCUGAUUGCCACACUUGCACAAACUGUCAGUUGCGGCGGCAACCUCCUCGUGAAUGUCGGCCCCACCCGCGACGGUCGCAUUGUGCCGAUAUUUGAAGAGCGACUACGUCAGAUGGGUGCCUGGCUGAAGGUCAACGGUGAAGCAAUUUAUUCGUCCAAGCCCUGGAAGGCUCAGAAAGAUGUAAAGACGGAGAGCGUUUGGUAUACCUCCAAACAGAAUGAAACAGUCACGGCUGUGUACGUGAUCGUCUUGGAUUGGCCUAUUGACAAUGACAUCAUACUUGGCUCUACAAUGCCGACCAAUCGGACGACCGUUUCCGUGCUCGGCCACGAAGGGGCGCUCAAGUGGACACGUGGACCAUCUGGGGAGGGAAUGACGGUUACUCUGCCCAUCCUGAAUCCAACACAGAUGCCUUGCCACUGGGCAUGGGUUCUUAAAAUCCAAAAUUUAAAGUAA